UCAGUGAGAGGUGAAGAUAGUUUGUUUCGUGCUGACUCACUGUCAGCAACGCACAGUGUAACCGCACCGUCAUUAUCACUUGUACCAGGACAGCUGAACUGUUAGCAGCAGCGUCAACAAACUCCAUUCGUCAGUUCCUGUACUAAUUUACGAGAAGACCAUCGAAGUGUUAUUAAACAAGCAUUUUGCGGAACUGAAUCAGUCAACGCAUUCAACACAAUGGAUUCGGUGCCAAAGGACCUGGAUCAAGGCCUCCUUCAAGAGUUGGAAUGUCCUGUCUGCAUGGAAACUAUGAAGCCGCCAAUCACAAUGUGUGAAAACGGGCACAGUAUCUGUGCGAACUGCAAACCGAAACUUACGUAUUGUCCAUCCUGUACAAAACCUUUCCUUCAUGUCCGGAACUUGGCACUGGAGAGCCUGUCCAGACAGGUGACGGAUCAAAUGGGCGAGCAACAGCCCACCAGAUUUCCUCAAAGUGUAGAGUGCCCUUUUACUAGGAUAUCAAAAGGUACGUGUCCUUGGAGAGGUCCUUUAGUGGGCAUGAAGGAUCAUGUUAAAGUUUACCACAAUAAUUUAAAUGACAUGCACGAAUCAAACGGGGCUUUCAAUGUUGUACUGACUGGAUUGUCACCAGGACAACAUUAUCGUAAAAUCGUGUUCAUUUCUGACGAAUUGUACUACAUUUAUUGGAGAAUCAAAGAUGAUUGCUUCUACUGUGCAGUAUUGCACGUGGGCGAAGAUAAGAUAUGUUCCAAAUACAAGUACAAAUUCACUUUAACAACGGAGAGUGACGACAAGAAAAUAUCCAUGUCCUUUCCAACUAGAUGUAUUCUCGAGGAUUUGGAAGAAAUUCUCCUUUCAGGAGAUUGUGUGAUUCUGAAAUAUAACACUGUAUUGAAAUUUUUAAAUGCAAAUAUGCAUCUGGAGUGUGAGUUUGAGAUAAAUGUCAUUGAAUCAGAUAUGAAUAUCGCUGGCAAAGCUGGUGAACGGAGUGUGUGUGUUGAGCCUGAUGUUCGUAGCCCCCUCUUUGGUAGAUGUGGAAGACAUCGUAACAUCCGAAGACACGAGAAAGGAACUUCAGUUUCUACCGAUAGAAUAGUAUCUGUCGGCAAACCAGGUCGAUGUGCCCAUGGAAGGCGAUUCCGGCAUUGUAGAAUCUGCAAAUAUUUUACUACUGUACCGAAUACAGAGGGGUCUAGUGCGGAAUUAAGUACAGAUUCGCUCCACAGUAUUCAGUUACCAACGGGAUUUUACUGUGAGCCUAGUGGACAUUUUGUUGAAAAUGCCUCAUCAGAAAAAUGUUACGUUGAUUCAAAAGUUACUCCAACCGCACCUCCUGAGAAAGAUCCAUACUCUGAUGUGGUGGAGAACUCUUCAAAUUUGUCAACCGAUAAAGAAGCUUCUGGUGAAAAACGUGAAUAUUUGGAUGGAGAACUGUCAGCCGAGACGAAGUCCCACAGUUCACCGAAUGAAUAUGAGUGUUCAAAUCCGUCAUCUGGUUCAACUUGGAUGUGCCAAUUAUGUGAAAAAACUGCACCGAGAUUUCCAGACUCGUUGCCGGAGCCAGGCUGGCACGUAUCAAGUUCCCCCACCGGAACGAAAUGGGUGUGUAAGAUGUGUGGGCAAAUUCGAGAGUAACACACAGCGAAAGAAAGAACAGAUACUCCACUUCCAUACAACGUUGCUUCUGUUAUCAACAUUAUUUGCAUUUCACGUUAAUUUUUAACAUCAGACGUAAAUUACACGUGUCAUAAGCGGAGUUCCAAGGCGGAUAUUUAGAUAUAAUAAAUUUGAAAUGAAUGGACAAGUUCCGAUAUCAGUACAUUACUUAGUUUUUUGUAGAGUUUCUAGUGUCAUUAGGACAGACCUUCUGACUCAUAAAAUGCAAAUAAAAAUCAUAUAUAACGCGUGUCAUUCACGCAACAAAAAAAAAAUAAAAAAAAAAAUGAAAUAGUGAAACAAGUUUUUAUUAAAAAUUCCCUGAAGAAAGUGUUUCAAAUUGAACCAUUACAACAUUAUAAUGUUCCAGAUAAGAUAAUCACACAACAACACCAGAUAAUUCUUAGUUACGAUAUGUCGACUCUUUUAUCUUACUUGUAUAGAUAGAAUAUUGUAGAACCCUUUCGUAAAAAAAUAAACUGUAGUAUAUAAUAA